GGAGCUAGCUGGGCUAGCUGCGUGUAUAUUUGAUCCCGUGCACGCGACUGUUCCCGCUGUAAACUGUGGGGCAGAACCAGAUCAAACCAGCUCAGGACUCCAGAUGGCUUCAAUCUACCACCAAAUGAGCGGUGGAACGUUUGUAACUAUUUAUGGCUCCGGUAGAAAAGGUCUCUCUUUUUUUUAAGGCGCUUUUUUUAAACUCUGAAAGAGGGGAUGGCUAAGCGCUGGAACUAAGCCAUUCUGUGGGCAAAACUUCGGCGGAACUUUAAAUCCUUCCUGUGUGUGGAAAGAUUACAGCUACGGGGCUUUUCCGGGCUGUCCUGCCAAGAGGAGUAAAGCGGGCGUCAUAUUCGCAAACAAGAUUACGUAACUAGACUCCGUCGACGAAUCGGCGCCUACUUUACCGGCGGCCGAGCCACAGGUAUUCCCCAUUUGCCUAUGCGUAUACCCUCAGCAAGGUUAUCUGUAUAAUAAAUGUGAAUUUCCUGCGAGUCAUGUGUGGCGUCAGCGGCGAUAUAUAGCGGGCAAUCGGCGUGUUUUGAGUUACAUCGAGACGGGCUAGCGGUGGUAGCAGCAGUCGCUACUGAGUACUCACACAACGACGAGGACAAAUUCACCGGGCCGUCGAUAGAAGUCUCUUCGGACUACCGGGCCACCGAGACCGCACGCGUCAUGUCGAGCCUUCGGUACUGCACACUGGUGCUGUUCGCCACUCACUUUGUGGCGAUGUCAACGUCCAAAAACUUGCCUCAGGAGGACGCUAGUCCGGCUGCCGACAACUCGCUUAAGGAUGCCAAAACUGAUCGCCACCAGAGAAUUCUGUUCGAGGGCGACAUGGCUCUGACGUUUGAACAAUACCACGACGUCCAGUCUCUCAUAGAGGAGAACAAGGAGAGAGAAGACAAGGUGACCGAACCAGAGCACCACGUCCGGAGCAGGCGCAAAGCAGCACGGGACCUGACUAUCCGCUGGCCCAAGGCCACCAUUCCGUACGAGUUUGACAGUAGCUUCAAUAAGGGGAACAGGGAGGUGUUACUGGACGCCAUGCGGCACUGGGAGAAGUUCACCUGCAUCCGCUUCAAACCGCACUCCCCCGGCCUCGUCCAGGAGCUGGGGAACAAGAACUUCGUCAAGUUCAUCAAGGGGAAGGGCUGCUGGUCGGAAGUCGGGAUGUUUGUGUAUGGGAACGAGCAGAUGUUGUCUAUGGACGACGGCUGCCUGUUUAACGGAGGGGUGGGAGCGGCCAUUCACGAGCUCGGCCACACCGUCGGGUUCUUCCACGAGCAGAGCCGCCCGGACCGCGACUCGUACGUCAAGGUUCUGUGGGAGAACGUCCGCAAGAACCAGAAACACAACUUCGAGAAGUACGACUGGGACCGAGUCAACGACUUCAACGUCCCGUACGACUACAUCUCCGUCAUGCACUACAGAUCAGACGAAUUUGCAACCCGCGUUGGCCGGAGGAAGCUGCGGACAGUGGUGACCACUGACCCCUUCUUCCAGGAUCUGAUUGGACAGCGGAUUUCCCUCAGUUUCUUCGACAUCAAGCUUGCAAACGCCAUGUAUGGCUGCAGCGAUCACUGCAGUCCCACCGUGACCUGCAAGGGGGAGGCGUUUCUCAGUCGGGACUGUAAGUGCAUGUGCAGGACGCACACGUCCCUGGGUGCGGAGGAGUGUCCCCGCAGCAGCUACGUGCAGGUCAGCGAGCCACCCCGGCCCAGAACCCUCCCGCCCCGGCCCCGGCCCAGGACAUGGAACAUCCCCACCCGGUCCGGCGAGCGCAAGAGUAAGGAGAACGCCGUCAUCAAACCCAAGAAAUCUAAAAAAGCUUCGAAGUGUUACCCGAAAAACGGCGCCUCCUACCGGGGCAAGCUCAGCACGACAAUCCACGGCGAGUCCUGUCUGUCCUGGAGCGACACCCUGGACCGCGACGUCAGCGUGCACACCUACCCGGGCGGGCUAGCCGGGAUCGGCAAGCACAACUACUGCCGCAACCCUCCCUACCCCUACAGCUCCCGACCCUGGUGCUACGUCAAGUCCAGCCGCUACUGGGACUACUGCGACAUUCCGCUCUGCAGAGACAGGGACGGGUCCGGCGUGUCCAACGAAGUCAACCGUAAGAAGCACAGAAAGCCGGGCUACCUGAGUAGGGAGAGGGGGAGGAAGCAUAGACUGUGGCUACGCAGGCGUCCGUCUUCCAAACCAGCCGAUACCGAGGACAGGAGCCAUUAACUCAGAAGGACCGUAACUUCCUUUGCUAGCCGCGAGGGGGCGUUGUGGACGUAGAAGAGAUGGGAGUUGUACAUACGAAGCGUUUCUGUAUAUUAAUCACAUUCCUUGUAAAGUUUUGUAUUUACAAAUGACGUAAAAAAUGGUGGACUUUAUCGAGUUUUAAGGGCUGGAAGGGCGUCUGUUAACCUUUUUUUAUCUGCACCUAGUCAUUACAUAUGUACAUGUAUAGUUGUACGGAAAAUCUGGAGAAAGCAACUAGGAUGACUCCUUUCUGUCAUCAACUGUGCAGCGCCGACUAGCGGAGCAACAGGCAUUACACUUUUCAAAAUGCCGGCUACUUUCACCGUUAAUGAUCUCUAUGUUAUUUGUAUAUUUUGCACAUCAUUACUAUACUCACAAUGCUUGUCUCAUUGAGAUUUUCUCAUAUUUCCUAUUCAUGCAGAUUUUGUAUUUCAAGUUCUAAAUGAUAAUCAUAAGAAUCUAUUUUCUUAGACAACUGAGUCAUCUAUAAGUAGGUAACUUAUCUAUGACCACACAGGUACUCUGUGAUUCGGACUAUUUAUCAACACAGUUAACAUGUGAUCUAAGAUCACAAUAUGCUGAUGUGUAUUUAUAAGACGUUUUCAGGGAGCUGUUUCACAGAUAUAUACCAGUUACCUCACCGACGUCAAUUAGCCAUAGAAAGAAUAAGAUGGCUUGCAGACUGUUCCCAACAAAACGAUGAGCUCACAUAUAUGACUAGAUACGAGACCUCAUUGAUCACUCAAUUGUACUAUUUUGUCAACGGUUUUGAACUGAAUAAACCAAAAAGUCACCGCA